AUUCUGAAAACUCUUGCUGGAAAAAACUGUGUGAAAAUCUAAAUAUUACAUACAUGACUUUUAAAACCAUCCUCCCUGAAACAAUACAAAUGGGUAAGUGCAAACAAUUGGACUGACUGAGAAAAGUAUUUUCUAUUCUAUGAAAUGCUACAUUUAUAUGUGGGCUGAGAAUGAAUCAUAAAUUAUGCAGGAUAAAACUAGGCAAAUACUGCUGAUUAUAUAAUACAGAAAGAUACGAAGAUGUUUUUCUUGGGUAUAUGAUAUUAUGUUUGGACAGAAUGUCGUAGUAAGUGUUGGUGAUCUCUUAUAAAAUACUUCUGCCAAGUUUACAGUUUGUUGACAGUUGAUAAAAGCUGUAUCUAGCCUUCCUCAUGCUGAUGGAAUAUUGCUGUGAAUCUAAAAGAACAAAUCUAAGCUAGAGCUUAGUUUGGAAGGGGUUCAGAAGAGUUUAAUUUUGGGGGGAAAAAAUAGCAUAUAAUAGAAGCAUUAUAAUGGGGAUGAAUAAAAGCUGCAUAUUUUGAACAUACAUCAAUUCAAAUACUGAAAUAUAUAUUGAAAUUUUUGCUCACUAAACUAUUAUCUUACGUAUGCAAAAUGUUUCAGGAAAUCACUGUGUUUCUUCUCUUCUGGAGGUACAGAUUCCUUACGUGUUUCUCACCACUGAAGGUCUUCUUAAUAUGCCAGAUUUUCUUCAGAUUUUGGAAUCUCACUACAGCAUUACUUUUGUUGAAAGAAGCUGCAGUUACUCCUUAAGGCUACUUGGAGAUACAGACCGAUAUGUUGUGUUGACAGUAGAUGAACGUACUGCUAUCUUCUUGCAGAAUAUGGAUGAAUUAAAUCAUGAGAAGUCCUGCGACAGUGUAAUAUCAAAGCUGAUAGCAUUAUCGCUCCAGUAUACAUGCUGUUGGGUUGUUUUCUGCUCCAGAGAAAGACUGAGUUUGGAGUACAGUCUCAGGGGAGAUACUCUUCUCAGCCUUGUCUUAAUUUAUGCCACUUUGAUAGAAUUUACAAAGAAGUCAGAAGACUUUGAAGUGAAGGUAGUUCUUACACCAGGGAUUGAAGAGGCAGCACUGCUAGUUCGUCAAAUAGCUGACAACAUUUUGAUGGCAUCUAGUUUCAGUCCUCAUGAAUGGCUGGACAAAUCUUGGCUUUCUGUCUUGCCAUCUGAGAUGGAGAAACGCUUGCUUGCUUUUCCUUGUAUCAACCCUCUGGUUGCUCAGCUGAUGUUAAAGAAGGAAUCUUCUUUGAACAAGCUCUUUCUGGCAAGUUUUGAUCAACUUCAGGAAUUAUUACCAGAGGUUCCAAAAAAAGUUCUAAAGCAUUUUAGUGACAUUACCUCUUCGUACUGCACAAAUGCUGCUGCGCCGCUGAAAACAACAGUGAAACGUUCAUCACCUGCAGAAAACUGGAAUACCUUUAAAAGACUCUAUCCAAAUUAUAAGCAAAAUUCUCAGUCUUUAGAGUUGCUACCUAAGGCACAAACCAGCACAGGGCCAUUUCAUGUGAAUUCUGAAGCCACAUUUCUUCCAUUGAAACAUAAUCAAGGUUUUAUCAACUCCGACCUUUCAAGCUAUAUGCAUGAGAGACCAUGUUUUUCAGAAGUAGCUCCGGAGAGGAAACAGAAUUUCUUUGUCGUAUCAAAGGGCUGUGAAGAUUUUGCUUAUCUAAAUGCUACAAAUUCUUUUUAUGUUAAAGGUCAGGCUUUCAGGACACACUGUAUCUCUGAUCAUUCCUCCAAGAAUUCUGAAAAAGAUUUCUUUACAACUUUCAGUGACUGUGUACCUCCUGACAGCUCUACAGCUUUUCUGGAAGAAUUUAGAGGCACAGCAUUUAAGAGCCCAGAAAUUCAGGUUUAUGAGAUUCCAUGGAAUGACUUUUCAUCCACUUCGACACAGAGUUCAUUUGCACCUAACUUAAUUCACUCUGAUUCCCCUGUUGAUCCAGAUGAAAUUCAAACUCUGUUUUUCCAAAACCAAGGUCAAGAACUUUCAGGAAAGAGAAAGCGAAGUCCACUACUCUUAUGGGCAAAAGGAAAAAAAAUAUCAGAUUUGGGAUCUGAAGAAGUACCGAGAAUUAAAAAAAGGAGAUUGAUGUAUGAAAGAGUACCUGGAAGAGCAGAUGGACAAACACGUCUUAAGUUCUUUUGAAUUGAAUAGUGACUUGCCACAUCUUUUCUUUUUGUGUUUCCUUCCCAGUCCUUAAACCAUUUGAGUGGAAAUUUAUUACAUUUUUGUUGUUGUUGUUGUUCAUUUUUAAAGAGAAAAUAGUGUUUGGGAUUUCUGGCUAAGUAAGGAUUUCUUUUUUUAGUUCUCACUAAACAAACCAGUUCCUCUAAGCGGGAGAAUUACUGAUGUGAGCAAUUCACUGUUUGUUCAUAUACAUUGUAUAAAGUUACCUUGUGGUUUUUUUAUUUAAAAAAGAAAAAAGAAAUAACAUGCUAAAGCAUGUUGAGUUUUCAAACAACCUAUGUUUCCUCCCUGAGCGUGCAGGCUUCCACAUUUUAUAGCAGGACUGGAUUUGCCUUUAUCUCAAAACUGAUGAUGAAGUCUUAGAAAUUCCUUGUGUAUAGAGCAAGAGAUCUUUCUGUUUGUCCUUUGGGUUCAAUUCCACUUCAUUCCUUCUGACAGCUCCUCUGGGAGCCUGUGAUGUUAUAAGUUCCUUCAUGGCUUGAGUGUAGUUUUAGUCAUAAUCAACCUUCAGAAACAACACACUUAUUAUGUGGACAGCACAUGAAAGACAGCUGAAGUUUAUGAUUCUCAUAGAUUUGAUUCAGAAGAUAAUGCUGUGACUCUAGCUUUCCACAUAAUCUAGUGGAGGCUGUUGAUGUACCCAUUUUUCAGCCUGCUACACUGCUUCUGUGUGAAAGAAGAUGAGAAUCAUGUAGGAGACAACACCAGAAAUUCUAGGCUACAGCAAGAAAGCAUAGGAGAUUGGACAACAAAAAAAAUCAUCUCAUUUGCAAGCUGCAGAAGAGAGGAUGUGUCCAACUCCCCACUCUCCAUCAAAAGAUUUGACAACAGAGCUAGAAAUAUUUGUGGAGGCAGUGGUAGAGGGUAACUGCAUGCUGCUGCUGGCAUGCACACUCUGCCAGCUUCAGAAAAUUAGUGUCUGUUCGGUGACUUUCCAUUCAGAUGAGUCAGUUUUCAAACUCGCUUUUUUUGUUUCUUAAGUUUAAUGCAGUAACAGAAAAAAGACAUAUUUAUGGUUGAGGUCUGCAAUAAAAUAAUUUGUUGAUAUUGAGUCUUCAUUAAGCACAUACUUAUUAUCUGAAUAAAUACAGCCAGUUCUUAAAGGAGCAGCUUUGGCUUCUCUGAUGGUUAACUGAGAACUCCUAGAAGUACAGUGUCAGUUCCAAGAGUAAUCGUAGUUCACAGUAAUAUCUGCAGGUCAUUUGUAUCCAAACUGUUAGCAGGAUUUCCAAAAAUACUUUUCAUUUGUAAUAUUAAUAAAAUCUUUUGUAGGAUUGUAAAUUUGCCAGUGUUCCCAUGUUUGACCAGUACAAAAUAGUUACUAAAAUAAAAGUUGCAUUUUGCUCACUAUUUCUGGCCCAUUUUUGUGGUUGCUUGACCUAACCAUUUUCCAUCUCUUUACA